AAAAGAGAACCUUCAUCACCAACUCCAGCUGGUACGAAACGUACCGCAAGUCGUUCUCCUAGUCCACAUUUACACGAGAGUAAGAGACAAACACAAGAGAAAAUAAAAAAGCAAGAGAAUCCUGGCGUAUAUCCAUCAUAUGGACGUAUAAAAGCUUGCUCAAUUCGUAAAGCCGAUGAAAUGGAUGAAAAUCCACCAGUUUUGCGUCUUAAUCACGCGUUAGAAAAUCGUAGAGAAGUUGAACAUGAUGAAGACGAGAAAUGUGUGGUGUUUUGGAUGCGUAUGCAUGAUUUACGUAUUGUUGAUUCACGCGGAUUAAGUUUCGCAUCAGAUUAUGCAGCUAGAUAUGGCAUACCAGUCAUAAUACUUCAUGUAUUCUCUCCUGAAGAUUAUGCAGCACAUGAUCGCUCAGCUAGGAGAAUUGACUUGAUUUUGAGGAAACUUCAUAGUCUCCAGGAAGAACUCGAUGAACUCAAUAUACCGCUUUACACAUUCACAGCGGAAAAACGUAGAGAAAUUCCCCAACUUAUACUUGAUUUCGUCAAGAAUAACAAUGCGAAACAUCUUUUUGGUAAUAUUGAGUACGAAAUUGAUGAGUUGUUCAGGGAUCUUCAGGUAAUCAACCUCGCGAAUGAGCAGUCGAUUGAAGUUCGUCUUGAGCAUGAUAAUAUGAUUGUUCCACCCUUCAAAGUGCUUACGAAAACCACAAAUAAACCUCCAAUGACCUAUACUGCUUAUCUUAAAUCAUGGGAGAAAAUGGUCCUCGAUGAUCCAUCAUAUCGCGAUGAAACUGGGCGUGUGGAAGCCAAUGACAAGUCAGCUAGAGAACAAUAUAAGGUCCUAUUCGGUAAGGAAAUUCCCAACGAAAUUGAAGGAUUCGAAUGUCACGAUAAAGUCAAAAUGAAAGACUUAUGGCCUGUUGGUCCAAAAACAGCUGAUGAAAUUUUGGAGAGAUUCCUUCACACUAAGAAUCGAAAGGAUGCUACAGAAGCAAAUCCGUUGGGUGAAGGUGCAGAAGAAGAUGUGGAAAAUAGUCGUAUAAAAGAAUACGCCAAUGGUCGUAACAUUACAACCGGAGAGACAACUUCUAAAAUCUCGCCGUACCUCGCCUCAGGACAGAUUAGCACACGACAAUGCUUCAAUAGGGCGCAGAAAUUCAAGAACGGAUACAAAAUCGAUCUCACGAGAGAUACCGGCGUCGGUAUGUGGUCUGAAGAGAUCGUCUGGAAGGACUUCUAUCAGAAUGUCUUAUGUGUAAACCCACGUAUAUCUAUGGGACAUCCAUUCCUCAAGAAGUAUAGAUUUAUCGAAUGGGAGUACAACGAUGAUCAUCUCGAGGCCUGGCAUAAAGGCAAGACAGGCUGGCCUAUAGUCGACGCGGCAAUGCGUCAACUCAUAUCAACAGGAUGGAUGCACAACAGGAUGAGAAUGACAGUCGCAUCUUAUCUUUGCAAAGACUUAAUGAUCGACUGGAGAGAAGGUGAAAGGGUUUUUGCGAGGGAGCUUAUCGACCAUGAUCUCGGUUCUAACAACGGUGGAUGGCAAUGGUCGGCAGGUACAGGCACUGAUGCUCAGCCGUAUUUUAGAAUAUUUAAUCCAAUUUCACAAUCUAAUAAGGCUGACCCUACUGGUGAAUAUAUUCACCAUUGGCUGCCUGAAUUGAGAAGUAUACAACCACCUGCUCUAUUCGAGCCAGCUAAGCAUCUCUCAAAAAAUGAGUUCCAGAAGCUUAACUAUCCAAAGCCUAUCGUUGAUCACAAAUUCGCUCGUGACAGAGCGCUAUCACGUUACAAAAAAGCGCUUGGUAAAGAAUAAUAAAAGUUUUAAUUUAAUAAUACAACUGAUUUGAUUAAUGUAACAUUC